UGCACUUCUUUCAGCAAAGUGACCGUGAGGAUGUUGUAGUGUGUACGGUAGAUUGAGGAUACAUAAUGUCGCUGACAGGAUUUUUACGGUUUAUUAGACAUUCUUUGCAACAAUUUGAGUCCAGUUUAUUACAAGCUGCAGGUUUUGACAGAAAUUUUGCUCCAGCUCUGGCAGUGCAUGGACCCAGCCUUCUUCCUGAACCUCAGCACAAUAGAGAUGAUGAUGGCUCUGUGCCCAGUUUCUUGGACAGUAUUUUCUGGAUGGCAGCACCAAAAAAGAGACGCACUAUCGAGGUGAAUCGCUGCCGAAGACGGAACCCAAAUAAACUUAUUCAAGUCAAGAUGAACAUCGAGCCAUGUCCAGAGUGUGGGAACCUAAAACAGAAGCAUGUUCUCUGUGGGUUUUGCUAUGAAAAGGUUCAAAAAGAGACAUCCAGGAUUCGGAAGCAGAUCGAAAUCAUGGAAGGCCGUCCUCACAAUGCACCCACUGUCGAGACUGUGGUUUUGUAUGAGACAGAAGUCCCCCGAGAUGUAGACAAGGAAAAGAGAAUAGUAGAACGAAGCAGAAAACGUCCCUCCUGGUUUCAUAUGUAACUUAGUUUGAGAUUUUUUUGUAUCAUAUUGUCAAUAUUAAAGUUCUGAAUGUGUUGAAUUG